CUGCUGCCCGCGCUGAUUCUGCUGCUGGCCUCUUCCGGACUGGCAGUUCCUUGUGUCUCUGGUGGUUUGCCUAAACCUACAAAUAUCACCUUCUCAUCUAUCAACAUGAAGAAUGUGCUGCAUUGGAAUCCACCAGAGGGUCUACGUGGAGUUGAAGUCACAUACACUGUGCAGUAUUUCAUAUAUGGGCAGAAGCAAUGGCUGAGUGUAUCUGAGUGUAGAAACAUCAGCAGGACCUACUGCGAUCUUUCUGCUGAGACUUCAGACUAUGAGCAUCAGUACUAUGCCAAGGUGAAGGCCAUUUGGGAAACCAAGUGUUCUGAAUGGGCUGAAACGGGACGGUUCUAUCCGUUCUUAGAAACACAAGUUGGUCCACCAAAGGUUGCCCUGACACCUGGUCAGAAGGUCAUCUCUAUUGUACUGACAGCACCAGAGAAGUGGCAAAGAAAUCCCAAAGAUGACACUGUUUCUAUGCAACAAAUAUACUCCAAUCUGAAGUACAACGUGUCUGUGUAUAACACUAAAUCAAGAAGAAUGUGGUCCCAAUGUAUCACCAACAGCACACUUGAGCUCAGCUGGCUGGAACCGAGCACACUGUAUUGUGUCCAUGUGGAGUCACUUGUCCCAGGGCCCCCUCGCCUCACUCUGCCUUCUCAGAAGCAAUGCAUCAGUACUUUGGAAGAUCAAAAGUCAGCACUGAAGGUUAAGGUCAUCUUCUGGUAUGUCUUACCCACAUCUGUUAUCAUAUUUCUUUUUUCUGUGAUGGGCUACUCAGUUUACCGAUACAUCCACGUUGGCAAACAAAAGCACCCAUCAAAUCUGAUUUUGAUUUAUGAAAAUGAAAUUAAAAGAUUCUUUGAGCCUACCGAAACAAUUAUGCUUAAUUUUAUCACCCUCAAUAUGUUGGAUGAUUCUAAAAUUUCUCAAAAGGAUAUGAGCUUACUGGAAAAAAGCAGUGACAUCUACUGCCUUAAUGACCUUGAGCUCGGUGGGAGCCAGCAGCACCCUCUGGCAGAGGUGGAGGGACCACACUUGGGAUACUCUUCACAUUUGAUGGACAUUGUCUGUGAUGCUGAGCAAAGCGACAGCAAUGCUUGCCUAACUGAGUGCCAGUGGUUUAGCAGCACCAUGCCCACAGGGGCGGCAGACACUGACCCUGAGUACAGUGUCCCAGCUGAUCUUUACAGGGAAGCUGAAGACCACCAGUUCUGUGGCCAGGGAGAGGUACCCAGAACAGGGACAUUAUCUGAGCCACAGGUCGCUUUAGCAAACUUAGGCCCACCUCUUGAAGACCCACAUGACCUGGGCCAGGGGCAAGCUGGCUCCGAAGAGGGAGCAGAGGAAGAGCCGUCCGCAACACUGGUGGAUUGGGACCCUCAAACUGGCAAGCUGUGCAUCCCUUCCUUCCCUAGCUUUGGCCAAGACCCUGUGGACUACGGACAUGAUGAGAGAGAGCAGCUCUGGGAGGAUGGCCUUUUGUCCAAACUCUAUGAGAACCUGGCACCUGACAAGUCAGGGGAUGAAAUUGAAAAUUAUCUCGUUCAAUUUAUGGAGGAAUGGGGGUUACAUGUACAAAUGGAAAGCUAAUCCCAGACUUUCGGUUGACUGACUUCUCCUGUGACGGGCCAUGUGCCUGUCAACAGAUGAUUGAACCAUCCCAGUGAGUGAACCCUGGAGUAGGUCAACCUGUGUUCCGAUUCUCCAGCAUCAGAAAUGACUUUCCUGUCUCUGUUAAUACUUGGCUUGGCUGGCCCUGCCUUCUCCAGGUGGUCGGCUUUUACAGGACCAUCUUCCUGAU